AUGAACGACACAGAUCACUGGGCACCGGUAUACGAAUGUGAGACUUGCACCAGGGAGUUCAGCUCCGAGCAUGCGGUCAAUCAACAUAUGAAUGCCCUUGGGCAUCGAAAGCCCAAAGUCCCAUGCGAAACAUGCAACAUCAAAUUCCACACUCAGGGGCAAGCAAACAAUCACAUGAAAGCCAACGGUCACUACAAGAACUACUGCGGAGCUUGUGACAUCCGAUUCUCGAGUCCAAAUGCUCUGAAGAUGCACCUCAACUCAAAGGUCCACCGGGGCUCCAAUGUCUCUUGUCCCUUCUGCAAAGGCGCCUACACCUCCGCGAGUGGGGUCAGUCAUCAUCUUGAGCGAGGCGCCUGUCCCCGCGCCCCAAAUCUUAACCGCGAAUCCAUUCUUCGCGCCGUGCGUGACCGUGAUCCGCACGGGGUCAUCACCAACAGGCAGAUUGAAUGGCACGGGGAGAGUAGUGUCGAAUACCUGGCUACCGACCAUGCGUAUAACGGCAGCUUCUGGGAGUGUUACAUAUGCCAUAGGCAGUUCAACUCGAAGGGUGCCCUGACGUCGCAUGUCAAUUCUCCCGCGCAUCAGCAGAAGGUGUACCGAUGUCCGAAUUCGCAGGGCAAGUGUGGGAGGCAGUUUACGACGCUGGCGGCGUUGUUUAACCACCUGGAGAGCGAGUCGUGUGCGUUUUUGAGGUUUGAAAAUGUUCAGCGGCACGUGAGUGAAUGA